ACUUCCUGUUAAUGUUUCAACAUGGCUUCUCGUUGUUUUGCUGAAAAUAAGCAAUUCAUGGAGUAAAACAUAUCAGUUAGUCAUUAAUAUAAAUUAAAUUACAUAUAUAUGUUCCGUUUCAGUAUAUGAAAAGAGAUAUGAGAGUAUUGAUCUAGUAUCCGCGAAAGAUGGAAAUACGUGCCCAGGGGAUCCCUCAUGCUCAGCGGGUGCUGUCUUUGCUCAACCAGCAGAGGGGUUUUGGCCAGUUUUGUGAUGCAAUGCUGAACACAGCGAGUGGGCAGGUGCAUCUGGCCCAUCGCAAUGUUCUCGCCUGCUUCAGCCAGCUGUUUCAGGAUCCCAUUUCAAACACACCAUGUGUACAGAUUACCCUCCCGUUAGCAUGCCCUGAUGAUGGACUUGAGCUGUUGCUUAACUACUUUUACACUGGUGAACUCCACUUAGAUGAUAGUAAUUUAGAAAAGGUUAAAAAUGCAGCUAGUGGACUAUCAGUGCCGGAUUCUUUGAUACAUUGCCAGGGUUCGCCAAGUGUGGCGGCUUUACAGUCUCCUGACUUGAAUGAAGAUUCUAAAAACAUACCACUCUUUCCCCUGACAUCUGCAGACUCUCUGCCUGACCAGACAGCAAAAGGAAAGGCUGGAUCUAGGCAAGGAACGAAAAAUAAAUCAGAUGCAGCAGUCACAGCUAGUGAUGAUGACCACCUUGCCUCAACAUCUACGACCACCACUCGUUCUGGAAGGAGAGUGAAAGGGCCCAGUAGACUAGUUGGCGAGAGCCACUUGUCUACUGUCACAAGACAAGGAGCUGGAAGGAGAAAAGCAUCAUCUCUGGAGUACAAAGAGGAGGAGACUGCUGCCACUGAGGAAGGACAUCUGCUCAUUCAUCAAGACUUAAGUGAGACUGAGCAGGUGGAUGGAUCUGUUGAGAAUCCAAAUGAUGAUGAUGUUGACCAUGACUAUGAUGUUGAUGAUGACAAUAAUGGAGGUGAUAGUAUGGAAAUUCUCAUUGAGGGCACUGAUGAAGAGUACAUGCCUCAUGAUUCACCUUGCUCGACCUCAAAGGGUCCACGGGGAAAGCGCAAAUGGCAAGAAAAAAACACCUAUAAAGAGAACGGGGAAGGAACAUCAAAAGACACCAAGAAAGGCUCAGUUCAAUGCCCAACAUGCCACAAAACAUUCCUCAGCAAGUACUAUCUCAAAGUACACAACAGGAGACAUACAGGAGAGAAGCCCUUUGAAUGUGCUAAAUGCGGGAAGUGCUACUACAGGAAGGAAAACCUACUAGAGCAUGAAGCCAGGAACUGCCUAAGCAGAACAGAGGUUUAUUCCUGCUUCAAAUGUCGCAUGACCUUUAAGAAGCGACAUGAGCUGCGUCUCCAUACAGUCACACACACAGGAGAGAUGCCCAAUAAGUGCACGUCAUGUCCAGAACAGUUCAUACAGAAGAAGGACCUCAGGAUCCACAUGAUUAAAGUUCACGGAGCUCCUAAACCCCAUGCAUGCUCAUUGUGUCCCAAGUGUUUCUUGUCCCGCACUGAGUUGCGUCUGCAUGAGGCAGCCAAACAUCGUGGUGAGAAGCUGUUUGUGUGUGAGGAGUGUGGUCACCGGGCCUCCAGCCGCAAUGGCCUACAAAUGCACAUCAAAGCCAUUCACAGAAAUGAGCGUCCCUUUGUGUGCGAGUUCUGCAACCAUGCUUUUACUCAGAAAGCCAAUCUCAACAUGCACCUUAGAACACACACUGGAGAGAAGCCUUUCCAGUGCCACCUCUGUGGCAAGACAUUUCGUACACAAGCCAGUCUGGACAAGCACCACCGUACACACACAGGAGAGCGACCAUAUGUUUGUGAGUUCUGUGAGCAGCGCUUUACUGAGAAAGGUCCUCUCUUACGCCACAUAGCCAGCAAACAUCAAGAAGGCCGCCCACAUUUUUGCCACAUCUGCAACAAAACCUUUAAAGCCAUCGAGCAGCUCCGUGUUCAUGUACGACGUCACAAAGGCAUGAGAAAAUUCGAGUGUACUGAGUGUGGUUACAAGUUCACCAGACAGGCACACUUGCGACGGCACUUCCAGAUCCACAAACGCGUAGAGAACUACAACCCCAGGCAGAGACGACUGCGCAACCUAGUUGUGGAGGAUGAAAAUUCAGCUCCCAUAUCUAGUUCUUCCAGUCAGACAGAGGCUCGGGCAGGGGACAUGGUUAACUUGGUGAUCCAACCAGAUGCAGCUGUAGUGGAGCAGGUGGUCUCAGCCCCUGCUGGAGGAGCAGGAGGAGAUCAGAACACAUAUUCAAUGACUGAUGGGCCUAUGAAUGGUGAGCAGACAGGGUUUGAUGUGACUGAGAGGACUGGUGGUGAAAUUGAGCAGGCUGGGUUUACUGUAGCAGAUGUGAUAGACCAGACGCUGCUGUACCCCAUCCAUCAAUCCAAUGUGGUUGUGGAGCUGCCCAGCUCUGGAACUGAUGGGAAAGUUUAAGUGGAAGAGACUCAUUGUUUCCAGAGCAAAUGCUACAUGACCACAAAGAUAUUUACAGAGGGUCCAUAUUGGAGUGUGAAGUUUGAAAGUCAAUGAGACAAGUCAGUCCAUGUAAAUAAAUAACUUUCUUGUCACUUGCAUAAAAAGGAGUAAGAAAUGGUUUUGAUAUUAAUUUAUUGUGUUCAAAAGUUUGGAAUUGUGAAAUAAAAAAUUAAAGUAAAAAAACA